GUUGGGUGAGAAAGCGGGCAUUGAAUCCACGCCCACACACAGGGCCUCCGAAACUCGGUGCGUGGCCAUUCACUAAAUUCUGUUCAGUAGCGCGUGAGCAGCCCGCGUCUCCAGGAGUUACAGGUGGAGGUGGGAUAUUCGGAGUGCUGGCAUCUGUUUGGAUAUUACAAACGGGUCUCCAUGUAUCGCUCUUAUCACGACAAAGUAUCAGUUUUUGAGGACGGUUAUUUGUAAAUGUUUGGAGCUUGCAAAAGAAGAUGGUAUUAAUUCAAUUGCAUUUCCUGCAACAAAUGAUGCAGAAUUAGGACUCAGUCCAAGAAAAAUGGCAAAGCUUUUCACUGAAGAAAUGAUGAAUUUCAUUGAAAUGAACUUACAACGCGAGCUAGCUACUGUUUUUGUUGUGCUUCAUCACGAAGAAACUGAAAUGUAUGAGGCAUUUCUGCAGAUAUUCGCUGAAUAUAAACGAGAAUCUGAAGAAAAAGGAAAUCUUCCAGUAAUAACUGAUUCAAUACCUUUCACACUUGAGCAGGAAGAAAGAACUGAACGUUUCAUUAAGCUUUGUGGUAAAGAUUACCCUAUUCUGGAAUGUGCACAAUUUUGGAUUAAUAAUACCGUUCUAUCAUAUCAAGAACAUGUGAAUAUAGAAAAUAAAUCCAUCAUGUACUUCUCAGAAUCUGAACAUGAAAUCUUGUCAGCCCUUCAAAAUAAAGAUCAGAUAACCACGGCAGAAACAGUAAAUGAAGCGAGUGCAUGUAUUGAACUAAGUGGACCUCACUUUGAGAUUUUGCAUACAGCUCUCCAAAUAGAAAUCUUUCUUUGCACUCUGCAGGAAAAAAUGGUACAUUUGGGAGAAACUCAACUUCUGCAGGCUCUAGUACAGUGGAAUUAUUCAACAGGAGAUCAGCCAUUUCAAUAUAAUGACAAUAACAACUUUCUUUUAGAAAAGGCUUUCAGAGAUCAUAAAAAAAUAUGUUUUCUGGAAGUGAACGAUACUAAUCAGACAAUAUAUUUGCAAAGACUUUUGGGACUGGAUGAUCGAAGGGAUGAAUUUCAGAUUGAAAGAGUUGUUCAGGGGGGAGAGGACUACCUGAAGAAAUUACCAAGUUAUUGGGGCCCAACUGAUGGUUCCGUUUAUCGGAAAAUACCAAUGGAUAUUACCAAAACUGAAUUAAGAAAACGAGUCAAGACUUUUGCAGCGGCCGGUCUCACCGUUCUGAAGAUUGAACAAAUUCAGAAUCCUGUCUUGUGGACUUGCUACUUAAGGAAUAAAGCACCUUCGCAAGCUGAUGAAGAUGUUACCUCCUUGUAUCAUGCUAUUCCCAGCUACCUCUGCAACUUUGUCUGUAGGAUUGGAUUUCAAGAAAUGUAUUCACAAGAUCAUGGUAAUUAUAUUUAAUUCCAUAUAUAAACCUUAGUAGUAUCCUCAAAUGUUGUACUCAAGCAGUGGAAUUGUUUUACAUCUAAUAGUUGCUCUAAUCCAUUGAAACAAUAUUUUGUUAUGGAAGGAAAUGUUGUUGCCGAAUAAAGGUGGUUGAAAUCUUCAAAUUCCUAGGAGUCAAUAACACCCAGAACCACCUAUAUUGGAGCAAUGAUCA